CCGAGGCUUCGAAGCUUCGGCUCCCGGCAUCUGGGCGAUGGGCUCUCUGUGAGACUGGUCCCCUCGCUGGGGGCGCGUGCGGCAGGAGGCGGCUGCUGAGUGACCGGAGCCCGGGCCGCGGCCCUCCCUCGCCCUGCUCGGCCCCUCCCACCCCUGUGCCCUGGGGCUGCCACCGCCCGGGUGUCUGAGCUCGUCCCUUCCGCGCGGUGCCGCCGCCCUCAGGGCCUAGCCCGCCCUGCUCGGCGAGCGGCGGGACCUGAGCGGUUGUCGCAUCCGCAGCAUCCGCUUCGCCUCACUUCACCUCACCUCGCCUCGCCUGGGUGCCUGCUCCCCUCGCCCUGCCCCUCAUGACUGCGGCGCCUCUGCUGCCACAGCCCUGCCGGCCGCCGCGCGCCGCAGGAUGGAUGCGGACCGUGCGGCGCUAACCCCCGUGGCUCUGCUCCUGAAUCUCCCGCCGACGAGCCAGCCUCGUGAGCCGCAGCAGCUUCGGUGCCAGCAGCAGCCGCCGCAGCUGGGCCCAGAGUCCCGUGUCGCCUUCGGGGCUCCUUGUCAGUGUUGAGUGGGGAGUCGUCCGGUCCGGGUCGCUCCGAACCCGCUGUAGGAGCGGUGCCCUGCAGACCUUCGCGGCUCCUGCGGGUGGGCCCUUCUUCCUCUUUUCAUUCUCCUAUCCGGCCGGCUUGCCUCACCCAGCGGACCAACCAUGUCUGGCGGCGCCGCAGAGAAGCAGAGCAGCACUCCGAGCUCUCUGUUUCUCUCGCCGCCGACGCCAGCCCCCAAGAAUGGCUCCAGCUCUGAUUCCUCUGUGGGCGAGAAACUGGGGGCCGCGGCGACCGAUGCUGGAACUGGUAGGACCGAGGAGUACCGGCGCCGCCGCCACACUAUGGACAAGGACAGCCGUGGGGCGGCCGCCACCACUACCACUACCGAGCACCGCUUCUUCCGACGGAGCGUCAUCUGCGACUCUAAUGCUACUGCGUUGGAGCUGCCUGGCCUCCCUUUCUCGAUUCCCCAGCCCGGCGUCCCCGCGGUUGCUCCACAGAUUGCUCCAUCAGAGCCCCACCGGGAGGAGACCUUGACUGCUACCGCCGUUUCCCAGGUGGCCCAGCAGCCCCCAGUCACUGCUGCCCCUGGAGAACAAGCUGUCGCGGGCCCUGUCACCUCGACUGCCCCAAGCAGUACCAGCAAAGACCGCCCAGUUUCCCAGCCCAACCUCGUGGGGAGCAAAGAGGAGCCACCACCGGCGAGAAGUGGAAGUGGUAGCGGUGGUAGCAGCGCCAAGGAGCUGCAGGAAGAACAGAGACAGCUACAGGAUGAUAUCGAAGAGCUGGAGACCAAGGCCGUGGGAAUGUCCAAUGACGGCCGCUUUCUCAAGUUUGACAUCGAAAUCGGCAGAGGCUCCUUUAAGACAGUCUACAAAGGUCUGGACACUGAAACCACUGUGGAAGUCGCCUGGUGUGAACUGCAGGAUCGAAAGUUAACAAAAUCUGAAAGGCAGAGAUUUAAAGAAGAGGCUGAAAUGUUAAAGGGUCUUCAGCAUCCCAAUAUUGUUCGAUUCUAUGAUUCCUGGGAAUCCACAGUAAAAGGAAAGAAGUGCAUUGUUUUGGUGACUGAGCUUAUGACAUCUGGAACACUUAAAACAUACCUGAAAAGGUUUAAAGUGAUGAAGAUCAAAGUUCUAAGAAGCUGGUGCCGGCAGAUCCUUAAAGGACUUCAGUUUCUUCACACUCGAACUCCACCUAUUAUUCACCGGGAUCUUAAAUGUGACAAUAUCUUUAUCACUGGCCCUACAGGCUCAGUUAAGAUUGGAGACCUUGGCCUGGCAACCUUGAAGCGAGCUUCUUUUGCCAAGAGUGUGAUAGGUACUCCAGAGUUCAUGGCCCCUGAAAUGUAUGAGGAGAAAUAUGAUGAGUCCGUUGAUGUUUAUGCUUUUGGGAUGUGCAUGCUUGAGAUGGCUACAUCUGAAUAUCCAUACUCAGAAUGCCAAAAUGCUGCGCAGAUCUACCGUCGAGUGACCAGUGGAGUGAAGCCAGCCAGUUUUGACAAAGUAGCAAUUCCUGAAGUGAAGGAAAUCAUCGAAGGAUGUAUACGGCAAAACAAAGAUGAACGAUAUUCCAUCAAAGACCUCUUGAACCAUGCCUUCUUCCAGGAGGAAACAGGGGUACGGGUAGAAUUAGCAGAAGAAGAUGAUGGAGAAAAAAUAGCUAUUAAAUUAUGGCUGCGUAUUGAGGAUAUUAAGAAAUUAAAGGGCAAGUACAAAGACAAUGAAGCUAUCGAGUUUUCCUUUGACUUGGAGAGAGAUGUACCAGAAGAUGUUGCUCAAGAAAUGGUAGAAUCUGGGUAUGUCUGUGAAGGUGAUCAUAAGACCAUGGCUAAAGCUAUCAAAGACAGAGUGUCAUUAAUUAAGAGAAAACGAGAGCAGCGGCAGUUGGUUCGAGAAGAGCAAGAAAAGAGAAAACAGGAGGAGAGCAGUCUCAGACAGCAGGCUGAACAACAAUCAAGUGUUCCUUCCCAGACAGGAAUCAAGCAGGUCCCUUCUGCUAGCACUGGUAUAACUACUGCUUCUGCCACUUCAGCUUCAGUAUCUACACAAGUAGAACCUGAAGAGCCUGAGGCAGAUCAACAUCAACAACUACAGUACCAGCAACCUAGUAUAUCUGUAUUAUCUGAUGGGACAGUUGACAGUGGUCAAGGAUCUUCCGUCUUCACAGAAUCUCGAGUGAGCAGUCAACAGACAGUUUCAUAUGGUUCCCAACAUGAACAGGCACAUUCUACUGGCACAGUACCAGGGCAUACAGCUUCCAUUGCCCAAGCACAGUCUCAGACCCAUGGAGUAUACCCACCCUCAAGUAUGCCUCGUCGUGGCCGUAGCAUGUCAGUUUGUGUUCCCCAUCUUUCUGCUGUUCCCUUUUUAUCCCGCAUCUCUCCCAGUGCUCCUUCCACCCCACCACCAGUGUUGUCUGCACCUCUUUCUCCUUCCCUCCUUCGGACUGCCCCUGAGGAAACUUUUGCCGAAAAGCUUUCUAAAGCAUUGGAGAGUGUCCUGCCUAUGCACUCUGCCUCUCAGCGCAAGCAUCGUCGCUCCAGCCUGCCUUCCCUCUUUGUCAGUACUCCUCAGUCCAUGGCGCAUCCGUGUGGGGGUACCCCAACAUACCCAGAAUCACAGAUAUUUUUCCCAACUAUUCAUGAACGUCCAGUUUCUUUUUCACCACCUCCCACCUGUCCACCGAAAGUAGCCAUUUCCCAGCGACGUAAGAGCACCUCCUUCCUGGAAGCCCAAACUCGCCAUUUCCAACCCCUGCUGAGGACUGUUGGCCAAAAUCUUCUUCCACCUGGUGGCAGCCCAACUAACUGGACACCAGAGGCUGUAGUUAUGUUGGGCACUACAGCCAGUAGAGUAACUGGAGAUCUGUGUGACAUACAGGUCCAUCCUAUGUUUGAGUCAUCUCAAGUUUGCAGUGACUAUAGACCUGGACUAGUACUUCCAGAAGAAGCACAUUAUUUUAUUCCUCAGGAAGCAGUGUAUGUAGCAGGGGUACAUUACCAGGCCCAGGUGGCAGAACAGUAUGAGGGCAUUUCAUACAACUCACCAGUACUCUCAAGUCCUAUGAAACAGAUACCUGAACAGAAGCCAGUACAAGGGGUCCCUACAUCAAGUUCUGUCUUUGAAUUUCCAUCUGGACAGGCUUUCCUGGUAGGACACCUUCAGAAUUUAAGAUUAGAUUCUGGAUUGAGUCCAGGAUCACCCCUCUCUAGUAUUUCUGCACCUAUCAGUACAGAUGCUACACGUUUGAAAUUUCACCCUGUCUUUGUUCCUCAUUCUGCACCCGCUGUGUUAACUCAUAGCAAUGAGAGCAGAAGCAACUGUGUAUUUGAAUUUCAUGCUCAAACAUCAAGCUGUUCUUCAGGAGAAGGAGGUGGAAUUUUACCUCAGCGUACUUACCAAAAUCGACAGGUUGCAGUGGACUCAAAUCAGGAAGAACUGCCUCCUCAGUCAGUUGGAUUACAUGGCUACCUACAGCCUGUGACUGAAGAACAGCGUAAUUAUCAUACCCCAGAAUUGACUGUUUCUGUGGUAGAGCCUAUCGGACAGAACUGGCCAAUAGGAAGCCCAGAGUAUUCCAGUGAUUCCUCACAAAUCACUUCUUCAGAUCCCAGUGAUUUUCAGUCACCUCCCCCUACAGGGGGAACAACUGCACCUUCUGGCUCUGACGUCUCAUUACCCUUUAUCCAUCUGCCUCAGACAGUGUUACAAGAAUCCCCACUUUUCUUCUGUUUCCCCCAAGGAACCACAUCUCAGCAGGUCUUAUCGGCCUCAUUUUCUUCAGGAGGAUCUUCACUCCAUCCACAGGCGCAGGGUCAGAGCCAGGGCCAACUAUCUUCAAGUAGUUUAGCAGGGGUUCCAUCUUCCCAGCCCAUCCAACAUCCUCAGCCGCAGGGAAUACAACAGACAGCCCCUCCUCAACAGACAGUACAGUAUUCACUUCCACAAACAACAGCCUCCACUGAGGCCACUACUGCACAGCCAGUGAGUCAACCUCAAGCUCCACAGGUCUUGCCUCAAGUGUCAGCUGGAAAACAGCUUCCAGUUUCCCAGCCAGUAUCAACUGUCCAAGGCGAAUCUCAGAUCCCAGUUGCAUCACAAUCCUCAGUUGUUCCAGUCCACUCUGGUGCUCAUUUCCUUCCUAUGGGACAGCCACUCCCCACUUCCUUACUCCCACAGUACCCUGUCUCUCAAAUUCCCCUAUCAACUCCUCAUGUGUCUACAGCUCAGACAGGUUUCUCAUCCCUUCCCAUUACAAUGGCAGCUGGCGUUAAUCAGCCUCUGCUCACCUUGGCUUCAUCUGCUACAGCAGCUGCGAUCCCAGGGGGAUCAACUGUGGUUCCUAGUCAGCUUCCAACCCUUCUGCAGCCUAUGACUCAGCUGCCAAGUCAGGUUCACCCACAGCUUCUACAACCAGCAGUUCAGUCCAUGGGGAUACCAGCUAACCUUGGACAAGCUGCUGAGGUUUCGCUUCCCUCUGGAGAUGUUCUAUACCAGGGCUUCCCACCUCGACUGCCACCACAAUACCCAGGAGAUUCAAAUAUUACUCCCUCUUCAAACGUGGCUUCUGUUUGCAUCCAUUCUACAGUCCUAUCCCCUCCCAUGCCUACAGAAGCAUUGGCUACACCAGGUUAUUUUCCUACAGUGGUGCAGCCUUAUGUGGAAUCAAAUCUUUUGGUUCCUGUGGGCGGUAUAGGAGGACAGGUUCAAGUGUCCCAGCCAGCAGUGAGUUUAGCACAACAAUCCCCCACUACAUCCUCCCAGCAAGCAGUUCUGGAGAGUACUCAGGGAGUCUCUCAGGUUGCUCCUCCAGAGCCAGUUCCAGUAGCACAGUCACAACCAACCCAACCUGUCACUUUGGUGUCCUCUAUAGACAGUGCACACUCAGAUGUUGCUUCAGGUAUGAGUGAUGGCAAUGAGAAUGCCCCAUCAUCCAGUGGAAGGCAUGAAGGGAGAACAGCAAAACGGCAUUAUCGAAAAUCUGUAAGAAGUCGCUCUCGUCAUGAAAAGACUUCACGCCCCAAAUUGAGAAUUUUAAAUGUUUCAAACAAAGGAGACCGGGUAGUAGAAUGUCAAUUAGAGACUCAUAAUCGGAAAAUGGUUACAUUCAAAUUUGAUCUAGAUGGUGACAACCCCGAGGAGAUAGCAACAAUUAUGGUGAACAAUGACUUUAUUCUAGCAAUAGAGAGAGAGUCAUUUGUGGAUCAAGUGCGGGAAAUUAUUGAAAAAGCUGAUGAAAUGCUUAGUGAGGAUGUCAGUGUGGAACCAGAGGGUGACCAGGGAAUGGAAAGUCUGCAGGGAAAGGACGACUAUGGUUUUUCAGGUUCUCAGAAAUUGGAAGGAGAAUUCAAACAACCAGUUCCCACAUCUUCCAUGCCACAGCAAAUCGGUGUUCCUACCAGUUCUUUAACUCAAGUUGUUCAUUCUGCUGGAAGACGGUUUAUAGUGAGUCCUGUGCCAGAAAGUAGAUUACGAGAAUCCAAAGUUUUCACCAGUGAAAUAUCAGACACAGUUGCUCCCUCUAUACCUCAGGGCCCUGGAAUGAAUUUGUCUCACUCUGCUUCAUCCCUUAGUCUCCAGCAGGCCUUUUCUGAACUUAGACAUGCCCAAAUGACUGAAGGACCCAACACAGCACCUCCAAACUUUAGUCACACAGGACCAACAUUUCCUCCUUUCUUGGCCGGAGGCCCAACCACAGCAGCAGCCACACCUUCAGUAUCAGUUCCUAUAUCAAGCAGCUCUCUUAAUGACAUUUCCACAUCAGUUAUUCAGGCUGAGGUUACAGUACCCACUGAAAAAGGGAUUACUGGAGUUGCCACCAGCACAGGUGUGGUUAUGUCAAGCUGUCUUCCUGUACCACCUGUGUCUGAGUCACCAGUACUUGCCAGUGUGGGUUCAAGUGUCACAAUACCUGCAAUUGUCUCAAUGUCCACAACAUCCCAGCCAGUACAGGCCCCCACAUCUGGGAGCACUGUUUCUAGUACAGGCGCUUUUCCUUCUAUGACAGUUUCAACAGCUUCAACCUCUGCAGUGGGCAGUACUGCUGCCCCAGGUGCUAAGCCUCCAGCUGUGUUAUCUCAGCAGACAGCAAGCACUACUGGGGUAGCCACAGUAACAUCAGUUUCUGCCUCCACUCCAUUCCCAACCAUAGCUUCACAGCCAUCCCUUCAGCUUAGUAGCAGUACCUCUGCCCCUACUCUAGCUGAAACAGUGGUGGUUAGCGCACACUCACUGGACAAAACAUCUCAUAGCAGUACAACUGGAUUAGCUUUGUCUCUCUCUGCACCAUCUUCCUCUUCCUCUCCUGGAGUAGGAGUGGCUAGUUCUGUUUCUCAGCCUGGUGGAGUGCAUCCUUUAGUCAUCCCAUCAGUGAUAGCUUCUACUCCUAUCUUUCCCCAAGCAGUAGGACCUACUUCUACACCUUUGUUACCCCAGGUACCCAGUAUCCCACCCUUGGUACAACCUGUUGCCAAUGUGCCUGCUGUACAGCAGACUCUCAUUCAUAGUCAGCCUCAACCAGCUUUGCUUCCUAACCAACCCCACACUCACUGUCCAGAAGUAGAUGCUGAUACCCAACCCAAAGCCCCUGGAAUUGAUGACAUAAAGACUCUGGAGGAAAAGCUGCGGUCUCUCUUUAGUGAACACAGCUCUUCUGGAGCUCAGCAUGCCUCUGUCUCACUAGAGACGUCACUAGUAGUAGAGACCACAGUCACACCAGGCAUCCCAACCACUGCUGUUGCACCAAGCAAACUCAUGACUUCCACUACGAGUACUUGCUUACCACCAACAAAUUUGCCAUUAGGAACAGCUGGUUUGUCAGUCAUGUCAGUGGCCACACCUGGGCAAGUUUCUACCCCAGGCAGCUAUGUUUCAGCCCCAGUCAGCACUACAUCAGGAAUGAAACCUGGAACUGCUCCCUCAAAGCCACCUUUAACUAAGGCUCCGGUGCUGCCAGUGGGUACUGAACUUCCAGCUGGUACUAUGCCUAGCGAGCAGCUGCCACCUUUUCCUGGACCUUCACUAACUCAGUCACAACAACCUCUAGAAGAUCUUGAUGCACAGCUGAGAAGAACGCUUAGUCCAGAGACUAUUACAGUGACAUCUGCAGUUAGUCCUGUGUCCAUGGUGGCUCCAACAGCAGUUACAGAAGCAGGAGCACAGCCUCAGAAGGAUGUUUCCCAAGGCACAGAAGGCCCUGUCCUAGCAACUAGUUCAGGAACUGGUGUUUUUAAGAUGGGACGAUUUCAGGUUUCAGUUGCAAUGGAUGAUACCCAGAAAGAAGAUAAAAAUAAGACAGAAGAUGCAAAGUCUGUUCAUUUUGAGUCUAGUACAUCAGAGUCCUCAGUGCUAUCAAGUAGUAGUCCAGAGAGUACCCUGGUAAAGCCAGAGCCUAAUGGGAUGACAAUCCAUGGCAUCUCCUCAGAUGUGCCAGAUAGUGCCCUUAAAACUCCUGCCUCAGAAGCAAAGUCAGAAACUGGGCAACCUACCAAGGUGGGACGUUUUCAGGUGACAACUACAGCAAACAAAGUGGGUCGUUUCUCUAUAUCAAGAACUGAGGACAAGAUUGCUGAGGCAAAGAAAGAAGGACCAGUGACAUCUCCUCCUUUUAGGGAUUCAGAACAAGCUGUUCUCCCUGCAAUAAUACCAAAGAAAGAAAAGCCUGAACUCUCAGAGCCUUCACAUCUAAAUGGGCCAUCCUCUGACCUGGAGGCUGCUUUUCUAAGGGGGGAUGUGGAUGAUGGUUCAGGUAGCCCACAUUCACCCCGUCAGCUGUGCUCGAAGAGUCUUCCCAUUCAGAAUCUAAGUCAAAGCCUUAGUAAUUCAUUCAAUUCCUCUUACAUGAGUAGUGAUAAUGAAUCAGACAUUGAAGAUGAAGACUUAAAGUUAGAGCUUCGACGACUAAGAGAAAAACAUCUUAAAGAGAUUCAGGACCUGCAGAGUCGCCAGAAGCAUGAAAUUGAAUCUUUAUAUACCAAAUUGGGCAAGGUUCCCCCUGCUGUCAUUAUUCCCCCAGCUGCUCCCCUUUCAGGGAGAAGAAGGAGACCCACUAAAAGCAAAGGCAGUAAAUCUAGUCGCAGCAGUUCCUUGGGAAAUAAAAGCCCACAGCUUUCAGGUAACCUUUCUGGUCAGAGUGCAGCUUCAGUCUUGCACCCCCAGCAGACCCUUCACCCUCCUAGCAACAUCGCAGAGACCGGGCAGAAUCAGCUGUUACAACCUCUUAAGCCAUCUCCCUCCAGUGAUAACCUCUACUCGGCCUUCACCAGUGAUGGUGCCAUUUCAGUACCAAGCCUUUCUGCUCCAGGACAAGGCUGUGCGAAGUUUAACUGUGCAUCUGAGCAGGUGACAUUCAAACCUGGUGGCAGGAGGACCCGAUUUCUGAGUACGCCCUGCUUGGCUCUUUGGAAGAUGGUGAAAAAAGUUUGUCCUUGCAACCAGCUCUGUAUGUGCCCUCCAGCAGAGCCGAAAUCAGGAACCAGCAGCACAAACACUGUUGGGGGAACAGUGAAUAGCCAAGCUGCCCAAGCUCAGCCUCCUGCCAUGACAUCCAGCAGGAAGGGCACCUUCACAGAUGACCUGCACAAGCUGGUAGACAACUGGGCCCGAGAUGCCAUGAAUCUUUCAGGCAGAAGAGGAAGCAAAGGACACAUGAAUUAUGAGGGCCCUGGAAUGGCAAGAAAGUUUUCUGCACCUGGACAGCUUUGCAUCUCCAUGACCUCAAACCUGGGUGGCUCUGCCCCCAUCUCUGCAGCAUCAGCUACCUCUCUAGGUCACUUCACCAAGUCUAUGUGCCCCCCACAGCAGUACGGUUUUCCAGCUGCCCCAUUUGGCACUCAGUGGAGUGGGACGGGUGGCCCAGCACCACAGCCACUUGGCCAGUUCCAGCCUGUAGGAACUGCUUCCCUACAGAAUUUCAACAUCAGCAAUUUGCAGAAAUCCAUCAGCAACCCCCCAGGUUCCAACCUGCGGACCACUUAGUGAGACCUAGAGACAUUAAUUGAGUAGAUCUGGGGGCAGGAGAUGGAAUGCUGAAGGGAGGGUGGGGGGAUGGGGAAGUAGCCUAUAUACUAACUACUAGUGCUGCAUUUAACUGGUUAUUUCUUGCCAGAAGGGAAUGUUUGUAAUACCGCUUUGAGCCCUCAGAAUGGAGACUCUCCCUCCUUCUCCAUUUAUUGGAAUGGGACAAGGAGAGAGCAACUUUCUCGUGAAGGGGCUGCUUCAGUCUAUGCUUUCCUAUUUAUCUAUACCCACCAGUGAGGCCUAGGGCUAGAAGAGAAUCUUGUUAUCAAGAAGCUACAAGAGAGCUCAUUGUAAAGCCAGAGCCCAUUUGUAUCUGCAAGUGGGUACAGCUCUUAAUUGUGGUACAAGCCCCAAAUCCCUUACUCCCUCAAGAAUUCAAACCAUCAAACAAUAUAGGGUUCUCUCCUACUCUGCCCCCAUCCCUGUUUCCCCCCCCCCUCCUCUUUUAGAACCCAGUGAAAAACACCAGGGGACUGGGGUUGCAACCCUUUCUUAUAAUAGGUCAUUAGUGCUUUAAGCAAAAGAUAAUAGCAGCUUUGACUGCAGCAUUAGCAAUUAGGAAAAAAAAAAAUACGUUCCCUGCGGACAUGUAACUUUGCCAUCAGUUUUGAUGUGGAAACACUGUGAUAUAUAAAUGUUGUUGGACAACAGUAGUUUUAAGAGUAAAAUAUGAAAGGUUUAAAAAGUUCACACACAAAAAAAGCUAGCUCUGUCCUUUACUUAUUGAGACACUUUAACUUUUUCCUUUGUACUUCCAUUGUAUUAGAUAAAUAAAUGUGAAUGUAAAAUUGUAUAAAUUACUGUACUUGAAUACUUCUGUUCUCCCAGUAUUGCUUGCUGGAUAUUUUAGUGCCUUGGACUUCUAUUGCUUCUGCCAUUAGCAUCGACUUACCAGAUCCCAGAUCAACAAAGGGCAUGUGGAAAGAACAUUUAAGUCCAUGUGACCCCAGCAGUGGAUAUGCCAAAGGGAAAUUGAAAAGAGUAUUUUUUUUUUUUAAAUCAUUCAACAAUUUUGUCUAAAGCAGGUGUAAGAUAAGUAAGAUGGGAAGUUGACAUCAGUGGUUGAAAGCAGAAAGUUCUGUUUCAGGAAUAGUGAGGGAGGGGUGUUACAUCAAAAUUGCACAAUAUAAAAGAUUAAGGAAGGUGUGAGCUAAAAAAGAAAAAGAAAGGUUAAUUAAAGGGGAAACACGCUUGUUUCGAAGAUACCUGAUGCCUGGCCAGAUUGUCGUAAUUCUUACUUAUUUGAGCUGGGCUUGAACAGAUGAGACCUGGAAGAAAUUAAACAUAAGGAGAAGGGGAUGGGUAGCUCGUUUUUUAAGGUGGGAAGAGUGGCAGAUGGAAAAAGUUGCUCCAAGAAAAAACAUUUGGACAGCUCUCUUCAUGCACCUACACCUUGCAUUUCUCAGCUUGGGGUACUCUUAUAUUCUAUGGAAAGCGGACCUACUUCUGACUUAAUAAGCAUUGUAGGAAAGAAUGCUUUAUUUCUGUUUUCUCUAUGAUGAUGUCCAAAUGGUUGCAAGAUCAUAAUCUGUCGUGCCACCUAUAUUUCUACAUUUAUAACUAAUAUUCUCACAUUGUUCAUUUACAUACUCCCCCUUCAUAACUGCAACCAACCAGUAUUAUUUAAUGCUAUGCCUAGUUGUAAUGGGCAGUUCUGUUACUUUCAGAACUUUCCAGAAAUAAAUACUGUUCUAAUUGGCUAUGUUUGGGAUAUUCUCAGAAGAUGGGGAAAGAAACUAGGACUUUUUCUUGGGUGCUGCUUCUCUUGACUUAGUUGGGACAUACCAUAUUUCCAACCUUUCACCCACCUCAAUGGCACAUCCCAGGAGUCUCCAUGAUAGGAAGAGCCUGGUAGCUAUCCAGACCUUUUUUGUUCCAUUUUGGCCCUGGUUCUAUUUCUUUAUUAAGUUGGCCUAGGCCCCAGAGAUACCAAUGAGAGCUAAAGGUUUCAGGGAGGUAGAAAUGAAAAGGGCAGAGGUUCCAAGCCCUGCUGCAGAAGUGCUGACUUAUUUUUCUGUUUAAUUCUUGGGAAGAGGUAAGAGUGAGAGAAAGACGGUGCCGAGUAAAUGGGAAAUGGACCUCUUGAAGUGAAUGAAAUGAUCCUUCUACCAGAGGAAUGAGGGUGCCAAAUGCAGCACAUUGUUUUGUUAUUUUUGGUUUAGCAAUUUUGAGUUCUUUUCACUUAUACACAAAAAUAAGAACUGGUUUUAUUUACUGUUGAUUUUUCCCCCUCCUGUGGAUGAAAUAACUGAAGCCUAGAGGAAUAAACUAGUGCUACUGAACUGUUUAAAUUAUUUUUGUUAAUAGUACCCUUCAAGUAUCUUUUUCCAUAUUAAAAAGAACUUUCUGAACUAUAAAUGUUUUCCUUACAUUAUUUAACAAUGUACACUGUUUAAAAAAACAAACUGAAUUCAAACCUUGGGGGUUUCUCAGCAGCCGUUAAUUGUACAUUUUGCACUAACUCUGGGUGUUGCGCUUCUUGUAAGAUUGCGCUUUGUGCUUCAGUUUGUUAUCUUUGUAGACUUAUUUAAUGAAACCAUUCAAAUAAACCAAACUUGCUUUUGUUGA